GUCACACACUCUCAGCCCCGGAAAACCCCAUGAUAGGAUCGCCCCAAAUUGGAAACAACUGGAAGGCACACAGCAACAACAACUGUGAAGUCUCAACAUAAAGGGGAAGGAUGUUUAUGUUGCUAAAGAAUGAAUGAGGCAGGAAUGCUAACCUAAACAAGAAAGUGGAAAAACAUAUAAUAUCAAGAAAUCAUUUUAAAAUGAAUUACAGCAGAAUUGGUAACGAACAUGGCAGCACACCAAAUAACCAAAAUAGGACCAAAACUAAAACAAAACCUUACUGGACUUCAGCUUCCAGGGGCCAGUGGCAACACUGGCUGGGGGAACAAGGUCAUGGGACUAUAGCUCCCAUCAUUCUGGCCAGCAUGAGGGAUGUUGGGAGCUGUAGUCUUAAACAAAAACCAUUGCAAGCUUGCCUGUUACUAACUUAGAAGAGGGUGUGCAAUUUGGCCCUUAAAAGGGUGUACUCCAGUUCCCAUCAUUCUCCACCAUUGGCAACAAGACCAAUGGGACCUAGAGUCCAGUAACAGUCAGAGGGAUACCAGUCACCUGCCUACUGCCUUGGGUCCCUUGGAAGAAAAAUGAGAUUUAAAUUAAAUAUAAGGGUGCAUCUACACUGAAGAAAUAAUGCAGUUUGAUACCACUUUAGCUGCCCUGGCUCCAUCCUACAGAAAUCCUGGGAUAUGUAGUUUGGUGAGGUACGGGCACUCUUCUUGGGCAAAGACCUUGUGAAAGCUACAAAUCCCAGGAGUCCCUAGGAUGGAGCUACAGCCCUUAAAAGAGCUGUCAAACUGCAUUCUUUCUACAGUGUAGAUGCACAGAUGCCAGUUGAAUCCCGGUCCCUGCUCUGUUCUAGGAAAACUACAACUCCCAGGAUGCUCUGCGCUGUUUCUGGCCCAAUGAGAGUGGAAGGCGGAGUUUCCCUUGUAAAUCAUCAUUAGCUGCAGGGAAGGACGAAUCUGGAGUGGACUCACUUUGCUCUUCAAGCCCAGGUUCAAGUCCAGGCAAGUAAGAAAAGUGCAACGUGUUUAGCUGCUCGUGUGAAUGCACCUUCUUCUACACGUGUACUGCAGAAAGUUGGGUGGCUGGAGGAUUGCUGGGGUUGUGUAACUCCUGUUCCAGAGCUGAUUGUUACAAAACAAGGAGCCUUGCUUCCAAAACCAGCACCUGGAGCUCAGGAUGCCUGAGGGUCCAGAGCUUUUUCUAGCUGGCCAGUAUGUCAACAGAGUGUGCGGAGGGCUUGUUUUCUCAGGGAAGGUCGAAAAAUCAGAGGUGAGCAAGAACCCAGAGGUGCCUUUUGAGAGCGACGGGUACCUGAUCUCAGCCACAUCGCGGGGCAAAGAGCUGAAGCUCACCCUUGUCCCCAUCAAACAUGAGGAGGACCUUUCUCCUUCCAAAAAGCAGAUCUCAGCCACCCAAGGAGGUGACCAGAAACCCAUGGACCUUGUCUUCCGUUUCGGCAUGUCCGGCAGCUUCAAGAUGGUCCCGGUUGCCGAAAUGCCGAAACAUGCCCACUUGCGCUUCUACACCAAAGAGAAGCCACUCCGAGUCCUUUGCUAUGUUGACGUCCGACGGUUCGGCCGAUGGGAGGUGGAUGGCUCCUGGCAAGCGGACCGAGGACCUUGUGUGAUGCUGGAGUAUGAGAAGUUCAGGGAGAAUGUGCUGAGGAAUCUCUCGGAUAAAGCUUUUAACAAACCCAUCUGCGAGGCUCUGCUAAAUCAGAAGUAUUUCAGCGGCAUCGGCAACUACCUCCGGGCAGAAAUCCUCUACCGGUUAAAAAUCCCUCCUUUUGAGAAGGCGCGGACCGUUCUGGAGAAGCUGCAGCAUCGGGAAGAGACCUCUGGCCUGACGCUGAGCAAGAAGGUCAAACUGAAACGAGAGAACCCUGACUUGUUAGAGCUCUGCCACAUGGUCCCUAUGGAGGUCAUUAAUCUGGGUGGAAAAGGAUACGAACCAGGUAGAUCUGAGGAUUACACAGCCUUUGUAGGGUGGCUUCAGUGCUAUUAUGUUCCAGGCAUGAAGUCGCUCCGUGAUUCUAAUGGCAGAACCAUCUGGUUCCAGGGGGAUCCUGGACCAAUGGCCCCAAAAGGCAAUAAGUCACGCAAGAAACAGUCGCAGGUGAAAACAGAUCCUGGCGCAUCAAAGGAGAAAUCACGCAAGAAACAGCUGACGGUUAAAACCGAUGCCGAUACAUCAAAUCCAAAGGUCAGGAAGCCAGUGGCAAGGAAAAAGUCCAGGACCACCAGUCCUCCAAAAGCUGUGGAGGAAGCAAGGAAACCCAGAAAGAAGCCAGGGACCAAAACAGUUAAAAAAGUAGAGGACGCUGCAAUGGCAAAUGGAACCAAAACCCCAAACACCAGGUCCAAGAGAAAGAGCGCUGCCCUCCAGGAAUCUCCAGCAACAGAUUCUGAAUCCCAGAAAUGUCGAGCCUCUUCUCAGAAAAACAGAGGUAAGGCUGCUGCUACUACACGAGCCAGGCGGGGGAAAGCUCAAUAACCAGAUUCAGAACAUCAUCUUUGUAUAUUGUGCCUUGGCCUUUCUGUCGUGGAUACAGAGAUGGAUAAAUGCCCCGACUUCGCUUAACAUAGCUUUCUGCAAUGGGUGGCGCUUGAGAAAAGUCUGGAGGUACUAGGAGGACAGGAGGGUGAUUCGUUCUUUGCUUGGUCUCUUCUGGCUUUUGAAAUCCUGUGCAGAGAGCCUUAAGAUUAACUGCCAAAGCACUUUUUGCAGACUGUUUUCUGAAAUACUGCUGCGGAUGCAGGCCACCAUCUCAACAGAGUGGACAUUGUGGGUGAAAGAUUAGUGGGAGAUCUUUUUGCUGUGAAGCUUAGAGCUCAUAUUAAGAGACAGUUGUGCUGAUCUCCCAGAUCAAGGAGCAGCACAAAUCAAUAGCAGCCUGCACCAGCUUGCUUUUCCUAGAAUUAAUUGCACCAGUGUGUAAUACUGUAUGCAAGAAAACCCAAAUUUGAUGGCAUUACAUAUGACCAUUUCCUUCUCCCAAACAAAAAAACUGAACCCUUUUUGCUACAUUUUUAUAUGAAAUAGGGGAUAGCGCAAUGGCUUUCUUACUGCUAUCUGAAGAGCAGCUGGGUCAAACUUGACAGGACGUUAUUUGUCUUUAAAGUGCUGAACUGUCAAAAAAUUGCAAAUAUGAUCAGCUGGUGUGGUACCCAGAUCUCAACAAACAUGGAAGGGGAAUGUAAUCCUUUGUUUCCCGCUAUGAUCCUGCAGGAAACCAUCUCUAAAAUUGCUAUUUGGAUUGGGAAGAAAUUCCCUUUUCCCUUGUGUGCUCACCCCAACAAAAAAGCAGUAUCAGAAAAGGGAGGCCCCUGAGGUCUGCACCUGGGGAACGAAAGGUUAUAGAUGCCUGUUCGUUGUUUAUAUGGCAGAACCACCCAGAUCAUUCAAAUCGAAGUUUUAGCUGCCAAAUGGACAUCUUUCAAAAUGAGUGAGAUGGGAUCCACUGUUUAUGGUGAUGCAUUUUAAUGGUCGAUUAAAUGUUUUGUAUCUACAGCAAUAGCAUCUUACCUCUGACACACAUUUUUAAAAUGCUAUCAAUAAAAUCUGUUUUUCAAAAGUUCUGA